GAUUACAACUACAGCAGUACAACCAGUCAAACCUUAAAAAAAUACAAGUUUGGUUACGAUUACAAAUAAUUACGGUUCAACAAAUCAAUUUUUAAUCAUCCGCAAUUAUAGAAAAUCACAACUGUUUCGUUUGUGGGUAAAGCCGCGCAAAGUGUCACCCCUUGUUACGAUCAAACACGUCUCGAAGUCAGUUUUUUAAUCGGUUUUCAUACUACCGCAUCUAACCCGGUUUUUAAUCGAUUUCGAACACAUUGAAUUGGUAAAGUUUAAAACCGGUUGAGGAGUACCGGGUUUUGACAAGGACUUGAGAUGUCGGGGAAGAAAACUGAUACAUCUGCUACUGGGAAAGCGAUGAUGGAGACAGCGAAGAGGGCACAACCGAGAGACGACUACGUCGAGGAAGAAGAAAGGCGAAGCGAUGCUCCACCGGAAUUGCCCUGUCUUCCGCCAGAGAUCGUAAGGGAGAUUCUCAUUCGAUUACAUGCGAAAUCGAUCGGCCGAUUCAGGUGGGUCUCUAAGCUCUUUCGCUCUCUCUCGUCGAAUCUUGCGUUUGCGAAGACCCACCUCGAUCUUUGCCUUCAAAACGACGCCUUCCCAUCGGGUCGGACAAGGGUCAUCAUUUGAGAUGGCUAUCUCUACACGGUGUCUUUCGAUUCGAUCGUUGAUGCGUGUGACGGAAUUAGGGAUUUGGGUGCUGUUGAGAUCCCUGAGUCUCAUGUCAUGGUCAAUCUCGUCUCAUUGUAUUAUCCGGAAGACUCGUUUGAAAUGGUCGGGUCGGGUCUUGCAAUGGGUUGGUGUGUACCACUAAUGGUGCAGCUGACGUGUUCUUGUUCAAUCUGACCAUUGGAGAAUCUAAGAGAAUUCCGGGUGUGCUCGAAUUGCUAGAUUCGGUGUCCAAAGAGGAGAGAUUCUAUGGGGUUGGGUUCAGGUUCGAUUCCAUAACUGAUGAUUAUAAGGUGGCGGCGCUUAUCACGGGCGAUGUUCUGAAUGCUAGUGUUUAUUCCCUCAAGACAGAUUCUUGGAAAUGGGUCGGAGAUUCGCGUUGUAGAUAUGAUGAUGUCGAUAUUUCUUCCUACGGUCUUCUUGUCAAUGGUGCAAUCCACUGGGUUGCAAGGCGUCGAGAGGAUGGCCAGAGAGUUGUGGUGGCAUUCGAUCUAACGACUGAGCAGUUCAAAGACAUGGCUUUACCUGAUGAAGCUGAGGAUUGCCCACACGAGCUUGGGGAAUUUGAGCUCCAUAAACUCAAUGGCAGACUCUGCAUGGUUUAAAAAUGCUACGUUAACCACUAUGAUUUCUGGGUGAUGAAUGAGUAUGGCGUGGCUAGCUCUUGGGACAGAGUUCGGAUCAGCGUGUGGUUUAUGUCCAUGAAUCCGCUGUGUUCGGGUAAGAAGGAAGAGGAAACUCUUAUGGAACUAAAUGCACAAUUGGCACAUUACAAUUUCCGGAAUGACACCUCUACGUCAUUGGUCCUUAAAAAUGCUACGCAACGCAUUAUAAGGGCGGCCGAUGCAUACAUAGAAAGCCUCAUAUCACCAAACUCAUAUGGCAGGGCUUAGCAUACGUGUUUAGACACUGAAUCAAAUUCAUUUGAUCACCUUAUGAUGAUGAUGAUGCUGGUGGUGGUGGUUCAUGAAGAAGGCUGUUGCAGAUAUUGGAGAGUCUUGUAUCACGAGAAGAUAUGUACUUUUUUGGGUGAGGAUAAUGUAUUGUGAAUUAUGAAACAAGAGUUUAUAAGCUUGUUUUUUUAUUUGUAAGUUAAAUCCAUCACCAGGAAAAGGAAUGUCUUUUUGAAGUUUUUUGUAAGAAAUGUGUAUAUACAUAUGGAAUGUUGUCAUUACCAAAGCUGGAGCUUCCUCCUAGAUUCGUCAUUGUCAAAGUUGCCCUAUGGAAGAUACGAUCCAACGCUAAGGUUGUUGACCUUUUUUUUUUAUGGAAAUCAAAUCACCAUCGUAUGCAAUCGACAAAACCGGUUAAGGAAUACCGGGUUUGGAUGGGUUUGAGAUUUCGGUGUCUUAUAUAAGGAGAUUUGGAGAACUGAUACACUCAGCUACUAAGAAGCGAUAAUGGAGACAGCGAAGAGGGCACGACGGAGAGACGACUACGACGAAAGACGAGGCGAUGCUCUACCGCCGGAAUUGCCCUGUCUUCCUCCAGAGAUGAUAAGGGAGAUUCUCCUUCGAUUACCCGCGAAAUCGAUCGCCGGAUCCAGGUCCGUGUCCAAGCUCUUUCGCUCUCUCUCGUCGGAUCCUGCGUUUGCCAAGACCCACCUCGAUCUUUCCCUCCGAAACGAAGCCUUCCCAUCAGGUCGGACAAGGCUCAUCGUGCCUUGCCACAAUCUCUACACGGUGGAUUUCGAUUCGAUCUGUGAUGGGUGCGACGGAAUUAGGGAUGUGGAUGCUGUUGAGAUCCAUUACCCGCUCAAAGACCAGCUCAGCCUUCUGUACUCCGAGGAUGAAGAUAAGUAUCCUGACAUGGUUGAUCCCGCGUAUGAGAGAAACCCGGUUGCAAUUUUUGGAUCUUGCAAUGGUUUAGUGUGUAUCUCUCCUGAUGAAGGCGCUUUGUUCUUGAUCAAUCCGACCACUGGAGAAUCUAAGAGGAUUCCAGACCUGCCCGAAUCGCUACGAUUGGGGUCCAGAGGGCUAGCGUUUGGGUUCUGGUUCGAUUCUGUAGCCGAUGAUUAUAAGGUGGUGACACUUGUCGUGCGUGAUGAUGUUCUGAAUGCUGUUGUUUAUUCUCUGAAGACAGAUUCUUGGAAACGGGUUAGCGAUUUGCGGUACAAUGUGGGCUUUAACUUCCACAGGUCAGGGGUUCUUGUCAAUGGUGUACUCCACUGGAUUGUAAAGCUUCUAGAGGAUCAUGAUCGACCAUUUGUAGUGGCAUUUGAUACAAUGUCUGAGCAGUUCAGAGACAUGCCUUUACCUGAUGAAGCUGAGGGUUGCCCACACAGCUCGAAGAGUUUUGAGGUCGGGAAACUCAAUGGGCGUCUCUGCAUUGUUAACUAUUGCCACGACAUGCACGAUGAUAUAUGGGUUAUGAAUGAGUACGGGGUGGCUAGCUCUUGGAGCGGAAUUCGGGUCAGCAUGUUUUACGGAUACAUGCAGCCACUGUGUUCGGCUAGGAACAAGGAGUACGCUCUUGCGGAACUAGAUAGGGAGUUGGUGUUGUGCAAUUUGGGGAAUUGCACAUCAAGGCCAGUGGUCCUUAAAGGUCGCCUCGUAUCACCAAACUCAUAUGGUAGGGCUUAGCUCAUUAGCAUUGCUCCGGGUGCGUUUUGAUUUAUUGCUUUAUUGGGUUUUGGGUGUUUAUAUAUAUAUUCUUUAUUGGGUUUGGGAGUCUUAGGAAUUAGCCCUAGGGUUUUAUAAUAUAUAAUUUUAUCAGUAUGGAAAACAUGAUUCAAUGCUAAAGUUGCUAGCUUUUCAUAGAUAUCAAAUAAUCAUGAUAUCAAUCCCACACAAACAUCCGUCGUUGACAAGAGUGUUCUUAUGAACAUGUAACUAAGAUUCUUCACAAAAACAAUCUAGUAAAAUAUUCUGACUUUGAUUAGAACAAGCUUACUUAAUAUAAUAAA